AUUCAUUUUUGGGAUGACAGCAGGAUGGAGUGCAUUGUUGUUCUACAAGCAACGCCUUAAAUACUAGCGAGUAUGUCUUCUUUAGAUCAAUUUGGAAAAGCAAUAAAGACAAUUGAUCUUUUGCUUAAACUGCAAUGCUUAAAAUAAGUACAAGCAUAUUUAUCAACGGGGUCCUCCUCAGUUUGAGCUUUCCACUUAUUCGAUCUGAAUCUACUACAUGCAGACCUGGUGAAUGUUGUGUCAAUCAUUAUCAAGCAGAAGACGGAACAUGUCAAGAGUGUCCACUCGGGAAAUUUGGCAUAAACUGUACAGAAGAAUGUCCAUCUGGUUACUACGGACGGCUUUGCAGGCAGAAUUGUAGAUGUGCCAGUGAGACCUGCGACCCUGUCCAAGGAUGUGAUGAUCGGACAACUGUCCGAAAUUUUACAGGUUCUUAUAUAGGAACGACACGCAUGCUGCAUUACCGAAAGAACACAUGGAGGAGUAUUGCAUUUGUCUUGUUUGGAUCCACUGUCACGAUCGUAGUAGUCAUGGGGUUGUUUUAUCUCAAAUUUAGGUUAGAGAAAAUUCAGGACACAAUGAACAGAGAAAAUGAUGACGCUGAAGAAGAAUAUCAGCACCUAGAACACUUACCUGGGACUACAUAUAAUCAAAGAGCAAACACAGUUGAUGAAGAAAAUGAUUAUACAGAUUUGAGAUCUUCAAGAAUGAUUGAAACACAGAAUGAAAGAAUUGUGAUAGAGAUUAGUUCUCUACCACGAGCCGAAGAAUUCGAAAACGAAGCUCGAAAUGAACAGCAGGAUGAAUAUAUGCACCUAAUGCAAAUACCCAGUACAGAAGAGUCGAAAGAAAGAGAUAAAGAGGAAACCGAGUAUGGAUAUUUUUCAGACAGUGGUCAAUACAACAUGUUGUCCUUACGGAGAACCAUAGAUCCAAUGGAGAUAAGAAGGCGAUCAGAGGAACAAACCCCGAUAUACAAAAUGUUGGAAUGCGAUACAUACCCAAAUAGUCUGAUGCGUGCAUGUGAGUCAGACAAUGAUCUGAAUACCAUGGACAGCGAGUACGGUAAUCUGAAUACCAAUGACAAUGAAGAUAGUAAUAUUGAUACCAAUGACAAGGAAGAUAAUAUUUGAAUGACAAUGACAAUGAAGAUAGUAUUCUGAAUGUCAAUGAAGAUGAUAAUCUGGAUUACAGUGGCAGUGAAGAUGGUGAUCUGAAUACCGGUGUCAAUGACAAUGAAGAUGAUAACCUGGAUUACAAUGGCAGUGAAGAUGGUGAUCUGAAUACCGGUGCCAAUGACAAUGAAUCGGACUAGUAAUCCUAGAAUUUCAGCAAAAAAACUCACCUCCAUUGAAUUUUUUUUUUAAAUUUUAAUCUUUAAGUGACAUUAGAUGCAUUCCUAUGAAGGGGCAACCUCGGGAUUUCUAUUCUACAAAUGGAAGAUCAAGAGAAAUGAUACUUAUUCAGAAAGUGAUACUUCAAAUUCAUAAUCAAAUCAUUUCAUGGCACAAUUAUUCGAGAGAAGGCUCCAUGUAGUAUUGAUAAUAAAUGGACUUAAUUUUA